AUGCAAUUAAAAAUUGAAAGUCAUAAUGAUAUAAUAGUUGAAUGGAUACCUUAUAACCAAUUUAGUAUUAUUGAAGAAAUAAGCAAUGGUGAUUUUGCAAGAGUAUAUUUGGCAAAAUGGAAGAAUGGUUUACUAGAGUAUAAAGAAGGAAAAUAUAAAAGAAAUCCUAGUAAAGAAGUUACUUUAAAAUGCUUAAAUAAUUCACAAAAUGUUAUUGAUAACUUGCUAAAUAAGGUUAAAUCAUAUUCUAUUAAAAUAAAUGAAGGUAACAUUGCUAAAAUAUAUGGAAUAUCCCAAAAUCCAGAUACAAAAGAUUAUGUUAUAGUAUUACCAACUGAUUGUAAUUGCAAAAAAUGUGGUGAAAUAUAUACUAAUAUACUUGUUAAAUGGUGUAAACCAUGCCAAAUAAAUAAUUUAAAACAAGAUUUUGUAAACUGGACUAGUGGAAAUGAAGCAAUCGAUAAUUUUAUUCAAAAAAUGCAAUUAAAAAUUGAAAGAUAUAAUGAUAUGGUUGUUAAAUGGAUACCAUAUAACCAAUUUAAUAUUAUUCAAGAAAUAGGUAAAGGUGGAUUUGCUACAGUUUACUUAGCAACUUGGAAUUAUAGGAAAGUUGCUUUAAAAUGCUUGCAUAAUUCCCAAAAUAUUACUAAUGAAUUUUUAAAUGAGAUUAGUGCAUAUUCUAUUCAUUCUGUUGAUUGUAUUCUCAAAAUAUGUGGAAUAUCUCAAAAUCCGGAUACAAAAGACUAUAUUAUUGUACUUGAAUAUGCAAAUGGGGGAAGUCUUAAUAAUCACAAUAAUGAUAUUAUUAGGGAUUACAAUUGGAGGGAAAAAUUGUAUGUGCUAAGUGAUAUUAUUAAAGGUCUUAAAAAAAUUCAUGAAAAUAAAGCAGUUCAUCGUGAUUUUCAUACAGGAAAUGUAUUGGUAUUAUUUAUUGAUUGUGCUCGAUAUAAUGGAUCUGGAAAUACUGCAAGCAAAGGCUUUGUUCGGUAGAAUUUCUUUGGGAAUUUUUUAAUAAGAUUUUUUUUGAUAAAAAAUUUCGUUAGAAAAUUUUUUUCACAUUUCUGAGUUUUUUUUUUGAUGAUUAUUUCGUUAAAAACUUUUAUUUGAUAGAAAUUUUAUUGGAGAAUUUUUUUUUAAUAAGAUUUUUUUUUUUUGACAUAUACUUAAUUUGUUGGAACAAUUUUUUUUAACA